AUGAUAGUAAAAGAAUAUUACAACUUUAUUAUCGUUGAAGAUGUUGAAUUUAUAAAGCUGGUAAAUAUGUUGAACCCUGGUUAUUCCCUUCCCUCUAGGAAAACCCUUUCAACAUCAUUAUUGCCUGUUCUUUAUAAUGAAAUAUACAAAAAAGUCCAAUCAGAUAUUGAAGUUAAUGCACAGUAUGUUGCCUUAACUACAGAUGCGUGGACAUCACUUAAAAAUGAGAGUUAUACGGCAAUUACUGUACACUUCAUAGAUCAAAACUGUGAAUUAAAAUCAUAUUUACUUUCAUGUGCAAAAUUUCCAAUGCGACACACAAGUGAAAAUAUUAAAGACUGUCUUCAAAAUAUUGUAAGGCAAUGGGGUUUGCAAAAUAAAAUAGCAGCUUGUACUACUGACAAUGCUUCAAACAUAACUUCAGCGAUUUGCUUAUGUCAGUGGAGACAUGUUUCAUGCUUUGCCCAUAGCCUUAAUCUUAUUGUUCAAUCUUCUCUGGACCAAAUCAAAGAAACUAGAGUUAAAGUUAAAAGCAUUGUCGAGUACUUUAAAAGAAGUACACUCGCCACUGAAAAAUUGAACCAAAUGCAGGAACAAUUAGGUUACUCUCCAGUCCAUACACUAAUACAAGAUGUAGUCACCCGUUGGAAUUCUACGUUUCAUAUGUUCCAACGGUUUUUUGAAUUAAAAACUCCAAUAUUUUCUUCCUUAGCAGAUCUUAAUUAUGAUGUCAGUUUAACUUCAGAUGAUUGGCAGAUAAUAAGUAAAUCUUGCGAUAUUCUGAAACGAUUUGAAGAAAUAACUAUUGAAAUGAGUAGUGAAAAAGGUGUAACAAUAUCUAAAACUAUUUUAUUUACCCAGGCUUUAAUUAACUUUUGUAACAAACUAAUGACCCAACAUCAGACAAUUCCAUGCAUAGACAGCUUUAUACAUAAAUUAACUGACGAAACAAAUAAGAGAUUUGGUCAGUUAGAAAAAGAUAUGCUGUUAGCUGAGGCAACAUUUUUGGAUCACCGGUUAAAAAAAUAUGGAUUCAAAAAUCAUACAAAGGAAAAAUUAUAA